GCACAUUCAAGUCUAUUGUGACUAUAACAUCUCCCGCUUUCCAUCACCCCGCCCCAUUCUCCCUCCUUCCAUCACCCCGCCCCAUUCUCCCUCCUUCCAUCACCCCGCCCCAUUCUCCCGCUUUCCAUCACCCCGCCCCAUUCACCCGCUUUCCAUCACCCCGCCCCAUUCUCCCUCCUUCCAUCACCCUGCCCCAUUCUCCCGCUUUCCAUCACCCCGCCCCAUUCUCCCUCCUUCCAUCACCCCGCCCCAUUCUCCCGCUUUCCAUCACCCCGCCCCAUUCUCCCGCUUUCCAUCACCCCGCCCCAUUCUCCCGCUUUCCAUCACCCCGCCCCAUUCUCCCGCUUUCCAUCACCCCGCCCCAUUCUCCCGCCUUCCAUCACCCCGCCCCAUUCUCCCGCUUCCAUCACCCCGCCCCAUUCUCCCUCCUUCCAUCACCCCGCCCCAUUCUCCCCCCUUCCAUCACCCCGCCCCAUUCUCCCGCUUUCCAUCACCCCGCCCCAUUCUCCCGCUUUCCAUCACCCCGCCCCAUUUUCCCUCCUUCCAUCACCCCGCCCCAUUCUCCCGCCUUCCAUCACCCCGCCCCAUUCUCCCGCUUUCCAUCACCCCGCCCCAUUCUCCCGCUUUCCAUCACCCCGCCCCAUUCUCCCGCUUUCCAUCACCCCGCCCCAUUCUCCCGCUUUCCAUCACCCCGCCCCAUUCUCCCUCCUUCCAUCACCCCGCCCCAUUCUCCCGCUUUCCAUCACCCCGCCCCAUUCUCCCGCUUUCCAUCACCCCUCCCCAUUCUCCCGCUUUCCAUCACCCCGCCCCAUUCUCCCGCUUUCCAUCACCCCGCCCCAUUCUCCCGCUUUCCAUCACCCCGCCCCAUUCUCCCGCUUUCCAUCACCCCGCCCCAUUCUCCCGCUUUCCAUCACCCCGCCCCAUUCUCCCGCUUUCCAUCACCCCGCCCCAUUCUCCCGCUUUCCAUCACCCCGCCCCAUUCUCCCGCUUUCCAUCACCCCGCCCCAUUCUCCCGCUUUCCAUCACCCCGCCCCAUACUCCCGCUUUCCAUCACCACGCCCCAUUCUCCCGCUUUCCAUCACCCCGCCCCAUUCUCCUGCACAUUCAAGUCUAUUGUGACUAUAACAUCUCCCGCUUUCCAUCACCCCGCCCCAUUCUCCCUCCUUCCAUCACCCCGCCCCAUUCUCCCUCCUUCCAUCACCCCGCCCCAUUCUCCCGCUUUCCAUCACCCCGCCCCAUUCACCCGCUUUCCAUCACCCCGCCCCAUUCUCCCUCCUUCCAUCACCCUGCCCCAUUCUCCCGCUUUCCAUCACCCCGCCCCAUUCUCCCUCCUUCCAUCACCCCGCCCCAUUCUCCCGCUUUCCAUCACCCCGCCCCAUUCUCCCGCUUUCCAUCACCCCGCCCCAUUCUCCCGCUUUCCAUCACCCCGCCCCAUUCUCCCGCUUUCCAUCACCCCGCCCCAUUCUCCCGCCUUCCAUCACCCCGCCCCAUUCUCCCGCUUUCCAUCACCCCGCCCCAUUCUCCCACUUUCCAUCACCCCGCCCCAUUCUCCCGCUUUCCAUCACCCCGCCCCAUUCUCCCGCUUUCCAUCACCCCGCCCCAUUCUCCCACUUUCCAUCACCCCGCCCCAUUCUCCCUCCUUCCAUCACCCCGCCCCAUUCUCCCACUUUCCAUCACCCCGCCCCAUUCUCCCUCCUUCCAUCACCCCGCCCCAUUCUCCCUCCUUCCAUCACCCCGCCCCAUUCUCCCGCUUUCCAUCACCCCGCCCCAUUCUCCCGCUUUCCAUCACCCCGCCCCAUUCUCCCGCUUUCCAUCACCCCGCCACAUUCUCCCGCUUUCCAUCACCCCGCCCCAUUCUCCCGCUUUCCAUCACCCCGCCCCAUUCUCCCGCUUUCCAUCGCCCUGCUUUCCAUCACCCCGCCCCAUUCUCCCGCUUUCCAUCGCCCCGCCCCAUUCUCCCGCUUUCCAUCGCCCCGCCCCAUUCUCCCGAUUUCCAUCGCCCCGCCCCAUUCUCCCGCUUUCCAUCACCCCGCCCCAUUCUCCCGCUUUCCAUCACCCCGCCCCAUUCUCCCGCUUUCCAUCACCCCGCCCCAUUCUCCCGCUUUCCAUCACCCCGCCCCAUUCUCCCGCUUUCCAUCACCCCGCCCCAUUCUCCCUCCUUCCAUCACCCCACCCCAUUCUCCCUCCUUCCAUCACCCCGCCCCAUUCUCCCGCUUUCCAUCACCCCGCCCAAUUCUCCCGCUUUCCAUCACCCCGCCCCAUUCUCCCGCUUCCAUCACCCCGCCCCAUUCUCCCUCCUUCCAUCACCCCGCCCCAUUCUCCCCCCUUCCAUCACCCCGCCCCAUUCUCCCGCUUUCCAUCACCCCGCCCCAUUCUCCCGCUUUCCAUCACCCCGCCCCAUUUUCCCUCCUUCCAUCACCCCGCCCCAUUCUCCCGCUUUCCAUCACCCCGCCCCAUUCUCCCGCUUUCCAUCACCCCGCCCCAUUCUCCCGCCUUCCAUCACCCCGCCCCAUUCUCCCGCUUUCCAUCACCCCGCCCCAUUCUCCCGCUUUCCAUCACCCCGCCCCAUUCUCCCGCUUUCCAUCACCCCGCCCCAUUCUCCCGCUUUCCAUCACCCCGCCCCAUUCUCCCACUUUCCAUCACCCAGCCCCAUUCUCCCUCCUUCCAUCACCCCGCCCCAUUCUCCCACUUUCCAUCACCCCGCCCCAUUCUCCCUCCUUCCAUCACCCCGCCCCAUUCUCCCUCCUUCCAUCACCCCGCCCCAUUCUCCCGCUUUCCAUCACCCCGCCCCAUUCUCCCGCUUUCCAUCACCCCGCCCCAUUCUCCCGCUUUCCAUCACCCCGCCACAUUCUCCCGCUUUCCAUCACCCCGCCCCAUUCUCCCGCUUUCCAUCGCCCUGCUUUCCAUCACCCCGCCCCAUUCUCCCGCUUUCCAUCGCCCCGCCCCAUUCUCCCGCUUUCCAUCGCCCCGCCCCAUUCUCCCGCCUUCCAUCACCCCGCCCCAUUCUCCCGCUUUCCAUCACCCCGCCCCAUUCUCCCGCUUUCCAUCACCCCGCCCCAUUCUCCCGCUUUCCAUCGCCCCGCCCCAUUCUCCCGCUUUCCAUCGCCCCGCCCCAUUCUCCCGAUUUCCAUCGCCCCGCCCCAUUCUCCCGCUUUCCAUCGCCCCGCCCCAUUCUCCCGCUUUCCAUCACCCCGCCCCAUUCUCCCGCUUUCCAUCACCCCGCCCCAUUCUCCCGCUUUCCAUCACCCCGCCCCAUUCUCCCGCUUUCCAUCACCCCGCCCCAUUCUCCCGCUUUCCAUCACCCCGCCCCAUUCUCCCGCUUUCCAUCACCCCGCCCCAUUCUCCCGCUUUCCAUCACCCCGCCCCAUUCUCCCGCUUUCCAUCACCCCGCCCCAUUCUCCCGCUUUCCAUCACCCCGCCCCAUACUCCCGCUUUCCAUCACCACGCCCCAUUCUCCCGCUUUCCAUCACCCCGCCCCAUUCUCCCGCUUUCCAUCACCCCGCCCCAUUCUCCCUCCUUCCAUCACCCCGCCCCAUUCUCCCUCCUUCCAUCACCCCGCCCCAUUCUCCCGCUUUCCAUCACCCCGCCCCAUUCACCCGCUUUCCAUCACCCCGCCCCAUUCUCCCUCCUUCCAUCACCCUGCCCCAUUCUCCCGCUUUCCAUCACCCCGCCCCAUUCUCCCUCCUUCCAUCACCCCGCCCCAUUCUCCCGCUUUCCAUCACCCCGCCCCAUUCUCCCGCUUUCCAUCACCCCGCCCCAUUCUCCCGCUUUCCAUCACCCCGCCCCAUUCUCCCGCUUUCCAUCACCCCGCCCCAUUCUCCCGCUUUCCAUCACCCCGCCCCAUUCUCCUGCUUUCCAUCACCCCGCCCCAUUCUCCCUCCUUCCAUCACCCCGCCCCAUUCUCCCUCCUUCCAUCACCCCGCCCCAUUCUCCCGCUUUCCAUCACCCCGCCCCAUUCUCCCGCUUUCCAUCACCCCGCCCCAUUCUCCCGCUUCCAUCACCCCGCCCCAUUCUCCCUCCUUCCAUCACCCCGCCCCAUUCUCCCCCCUUCCAUGACCCCGCCCCAUUCUCCCUCCUUCCAUCAGCCCGCCCCAUUCUCCCGCUUUCCAUCACCCCGCCCCAUUCUCCCGCUUUCCAUCACCCCGCCCCAUUCUCUCGCUUUCCAUCACCCCGCCACAUUCUCCCUCCUUCCAUCACCCCGCCCCAUUCUCCCGCCUUCCAUCACCCCGCCCCAUUCUCCCGCUUUCCAUCACCCCUCCCCAUUCUCCCGCUUUCCAUCACCCCGCCCCAUUCUCCCUCCUUCCAUCACCCCGCCUCAUUCUCCCUCCUUCCAUCACCCCGCCCCAUUCUCCCGCUUUCCAUCACCCCGCCCCAUUCUCCCGCUUUCCAUCACCCCGCCCCAUUCUCCCGCUUUCCAUCACCCCGCCCCAUUCUCCCGCUUUCCAUCACCCCGCCCCAUUCUCCCGCUUUCCAUCACCCCGCCCCAUUCUCCCGCUUUCCAUCACCCCGCCCCAUUCUCCCGCUUUCCAUCACCCCGCCCCAUUCUCCCGCUUUCCAUCACCCCGCCCCAUUCUCCCGCUUUCCAUCACCCCGCCCCAUUCUCCCGCUUUCCAUCACCCCGCCCCAUUCUCCCGCUUUCCAUCACCCCGCCCCAUUCUCCCGUUUUCCAUCACCCCGCCCCAUUCUCCCUCCUUCCAUCACCCCGCCCCAUUCUCCCGCUUUCCAUCACCCCGCCCCAUUCUCCCGUUUUCCAUCACCCUGCCCCAUUCUCCCGCUUUCCAUCACCCCGCCCCAUUCUCCCGCUUUCCAUCACCCCGCCCCAUUCUCCCGCUUUCCAUCACCCCGCCCCAUUCUCCCGCAUUCCAUCACCCCGCCCCAUUCUCCCUCCUUCCAUCACCCCGCCCCAUUCUCCCCCCUUCCAUCACCCCGCCCCAUUCUCCCGCUUUCCAUCACCCCGCCCCAUUCUCCCGCUUUCCAUCACCCCGCCCCAUUCUCCCGCCUUCCAUCACCCCGCCCCAUUCUCCGGCCUUCCAUCACCCCGCCCCAUUCUCCCGCUUUCCAUCACCCCGCCCCAUUCUCCCGCUUUCCAUCACCCCGCCCCAUUCUCCCGCUUUCCAUCACCCCGCCCCAUUCUCCCGCUUUCCAUCACCCCGCCCCAUUCUCCCUCCUUCCAUCACCCCGCCCCAUUCUCCCGCUUUCCAUCACCCCGCCCCAUUCUCCCGCUUUCCAUCACCCCUCCCCAUUCUCCCGCUUUCCAUCACCCCGCCCCAUUCUCCCUCCUUCCAUCACCCCGCCUCAUUCUCCCUCCUUCCAUCACCCCGCCCCAUUCUCCCGCUUUCCAUCACCCCGCCCCAUUCUCCCGCUUUCCAUCACCCCGCCCCAUUCUCCCGCUUUCCAUCACCCCGCCCCAUUCUCCCGCUUUCCAUCACCCCGCCCCAUUCUCCCGCUUUCCAUCACCCCGCCCCAUUCUCCCGCUUUCCAUCACCCCGCCCCAUUCUCCCGCUUUCCAUCACCCCGCCCCAUUCUCCCGCUUUCCAUCACCCCGCCCCAUUCUCCCGCUUUCCAUCACCCCGCCCCAUUCUCCCGCUUUCCAUCACCCCGCCCCAUUCUCCCGCUUUCCAUCACCCCGCCCCAUUCUCCCGCUUUCCAUCACCCCGCCCCAUUCUCCCGCUUUCCAUCACCCCGCCCCAUUCUCCCGCUUUCCAUCACCCUGCCCCAUUCUCCCGCUUUCCUUCACCCCGCCCCAUUCUCCCGCUUUCCAUCACCCCGCCCCAUUCUCCCGCAUUCCAUCACCCCGCCCCAUUCUCCCUCCUUCCAUCACCCCGCCCCAUUCUCCCGCUUUCCAUCACCCCGCCCCAUUCUCCCUCCUUCCAUCACCCCGCCUCAUUCUCCCUCCUUCCAUCACCCCGCCCCAUUCUCCCGCUUUCCAUCACCCCGCCCCAUUCUCCCGCUUUCCAUCACCCCGCCCCAUUCUCCCGCUUUCCAUCACCCCGCCCCAUUCUCCCUCCUUCCAUCACCCCGCCCCAUUCUCCCGCUUUCCAUCACCCCACCCAAUUCUCCCGCUUUCCAUCACCCCGCCCCAUUCUCCCGCUUUCCGUCACCCCGCCCCAUUCUCCUGCUUUCCAUCACCCCGCCCCAUUCUCCCGCUUUCCAUCACCCCGCCCCAUUCUCCCGCUUUCCGUCACCACGCCCCAUUCUCCCGCUUUCCAUCACCCCGCCCCAUUCUCCCGCUUUCCAUCACCCCGCCCCAUUCUCCCUCCUUCCAUCACCCCGCCCCAUUCUCCCUCCUUCCAUCACCCCGCCCCAUUCUCCCGCCUUCCAUCACCCCGCCCCAUUCUCCCGCUUUCCAUCACCCCGCCCCAUUCUCCCGCUUUCCAUCACCCCGCCCCAUUGUCCCUCCUUCCAUCACCCCGCCCCAUUGUCCCUCCUUCCAUCACCCCGCCCCAUUCUCCCUCCUUCCAUCACCCCGGCCCAUUCUCCCUCCUUCCAUCACCCCGCCCCAUUCUCCCGCUUUCCAUCACCCCACCCCAUUCUCCCGCUUUCCAUCACCCCGCCCCAUUCUCCCGCUUUCCAUCACCCCGCCCCAUUCUCCCGCCUUCCAUCACCCCGCACCAUUCUCCCGCUAUCCAUCACCCCGCCCCAUACUCCCGCUUUCCAUCACCCCGCCCCAUUCUCCCGCUUUCCAUCACCCCGCCCCAUUCUCCCUCCUUCCAUCACCCCGCCCCAUUCUCCAGCUUUCCAUCACCCCGCCCCAUUCUACCUCCUUCCAUCACCCCGCCACAUUCUCCCUCCUUCCAUCACCCCGCCCCAUUCUCCCGCAUUCCAUCACCCCGCCCCAUUCUCCCACUUUCCAUCACCCCGCCCCAUUCUCCCGCCUUCCAUCACCCCGCCCCAUUCUCCCGCCUUCCAUCACCCCGCCCCAUUCUCCCGCCUUCCAUCACCCUGCCCCAUUCUCCCGCUUUCCAUCACCCCGCCCCAUUCUCCCGCUUUCCAUCACCCCGCCCCAUUCUCCCGCUUUCCAUCACCCCGCCCCAUUCUCCCGCUUUCCAUCACCCCGCCGCGCCCCAUUCUCCCGCUUUCCAUCACCCCGCCCCAUUCUCCCGCUUUCCAUCACCCCGCCCCAUUCUCCCGCUUUCCGUCACCACGCCCCAUUCUCCCGCUUUCCAUCACCCCGCCCCAUUCUCCCGCUUUCCAUCACCCCGCCCCAUUCUCCCUCCUUCCAUCACCCUACCCCAUUCUCCCUCCUUCCAUCACCCCGCCCCAUUCUCCCGCCUUCCAUCACCCCGCCCCAUUCUCCCGCUUUCCAUCACCCCGCCCCAUUCUCCCGCUUUCCAUCACCCCGCCCCAUUCUCCCUCCUUCCAUCACCCCGCCCCAUUCUACCUCCUUCCAUCACCCCGCCCCAUUCUCCCUCCUUCCAUCACCCCGCCCCAUUCUCCCUCCUUCCAUCACCCCUCCCCAUUCUCCCGCUUUCCAUCACCCCGCCCCAUUCUCCCGCUUUCCAUCACCCCGCCCCAUUCUCUUGCUUUCCAUCACCCCUCCCCAUUCUCCCUCCUUCGAUCACCCCGCCCCAUUCUCCCGCCUUCCAUCACCCCGCCCCAUUCUCCCGCUUUCCAUCACCCCGCCCCAUUCUCCCUCCUUCCAUCACCCCGCCCCAUUCUCCCUCCUUCCAUCACCCCUCCCCAUUCUCCCGCUUUCCAUCACCCCGCCCCAUUCUCCCGCUUUCCAUCACCCCGCCCCAUUCUCUUGCUUUCCAUCACCCCUCCCCAUUCUCCCUCCUUCGAUCACCCCGCCCCAUUCUCCCGCUUUCCAUCACCCCGCCCCAUUCUCCCGCUUUCCAUCACCCCGCCCCAUUCUCCCGCUUUCCAUCACCCCGCCCCAUUCUCCCGCUUUCCAUCACCCCGCCCCAUUCUCCCUCCUUCCAUCACCCCGCCCCAUUCUCCCGCUUUCCAUCACCCCGCCCCAUUCUCCCGCUUUCCAUCACCCCUCCCCAUUCUCCCGCUUUCCAUCACCCCGCCCCAUUCUCCCUCCUUCCAUCACCCCGCCUCAUUCUCCCUCCUUCCAUCACCCCGCCCCAUUCUCCCGCUUUCCAUCACCCCGCCCCAUUCUCCCGCUUUCCAUCACCCCGCCCCAUUCUCCCGCUUUCCAUCACCCCGCCCCAUUCUCCCGCUUUCCAUCACCCCGCCCCAUUCUCCCGCUUUCCAUCACCCCGCCCCAUUCUCCCGCUUUCCAUCACCCCGCCCCAUUCUCCCGCUUUCCAUCACCCCGCCCCAUUCUCCCGCUUUCCAUCACCCCGCCCCAUUCUCCCGCUUUCCAUCACCCCGCCCCAUUCUCCCGCUUUCCAUCACCCCGCCCCAUUCUCCCGCUUUCCAUCACCCCGCCCCAUACUCCCGCUUUCCAUCACCCCGCCCCAUUCUCCCGCUUUCCAUCACCCUGCCCCAUUCUCCCGCUUUCCAUCACCCCGCCCCAUUCUCCCGCUUUCCAUCACCCCGCCCCAUUCUCCCGCAUUCCAUCACCCCGCCCCAUUCUCCCUCCUUCCAUCACCCCGCCCCAUUCUCCCGCUUUCCAUCACCCCGCCCCAUUCUCCCUCCUUCCAUCACCCCGCCUCAUUCUCCCUCCUUCCAUCACCCCGCCCCAUUCUCCCGCUUUCCAUCACCCCGCCCCAUUCUCCCGCUUUCCAUCACCCCGCCCCAUUCUCCCGCUUUCCAUCACCCCGCCCCAUUCUCCCUCCUUCCAUCACCCCGCCCCAUUCUCCCGCUUUCCAUCACCCCACCCAAUUCUCCCGCUUUCCAUCACCCCGCCCCAUUCUCCCGCUUUCCGUCACCCCGCCCCAUUCUCCCGCUUUCCAUCACCCCGCCCCAUUCUCCCGCUUUCCAUCACCCCGCCCCAUUCUCCCGCUUUCCGUCACCACGCCCCAUUCUCCCGCUUUCCAUCACCCCGCCCCAUUCUCCCGCUUUCCAUCACCCCGCCCCAUUCUCCCUCCUUCCAUCACCCCGCCCCAUUCUCCCUCCUUCCAUCACCCCGCCCCAUUCUCCCGCCUUCCAUCACCCCGCCCCAUUCUCCCGCUUUCCAUCACCCCGCCCCAUUCUCCCGCUUUCCAUCACCCCGCCCCAUUGUCCCUCCUUCCAUCACCCCGCCCCAUUGUCCCUCCUUCCAUCACCCCGCCCCAUUCUCCCUCCUUCCAUCACCCCGGCCCAUUCUCCCUCCUUCCAUCACCCCGCCCCAUUCUCCCGCUUUCCAUCACCCCACCCCAUUCUCCCGCUUUCCAUCACCCCGCCCCAUUCUCCCGCUUUCCAUCACCCCGCCCCAUUCUCCCGCCUUCCAUCACCCCGCACCAUUCUCCCGCUAUCCAUCACCCCGCCCCAUACUCCCUCUUUCCAUCACCCCGCCCCAUUCUCCCGCUUUCCAUCACCCCGCCCCAUUCUCCCUCCUUCCAUCACCCCGCCCCAUUCUCCAGCUUUCCAUCACCCCGCCCCAUUCUACCUCCUUCCAUCACCCCGCCACAUUCUCCCUCCUUCCAUCACCCCGCCCCAUUCUCCCGCAUUCCAUCACCCCGCCCCAUUCUCCCACUUUCCAUCACCCCGCCCCAUUCUCCCGCCUUCCAUCACCCCGCCCCAUUCUCCCGCCUUCCAUCACCCCGCCCCAUUCUCCCGCCUUCCAUCACCCUGCCCCAUUCUCCCGCUUUCCAUCACCCCGCCCCAUUCUCCCGCUUUCCAUCACCCCGCCCCAUUCUCCCGCUUUCCAUCACCCCGCCCCAUUCUCCCGCUUUCCAUCACCCCGCCGCGCCCCAUUCUCCCGCUUUCCAUCACCCCGCCCCAUUCUCCCGCUUUCCAUCACCCCGCCCCAUUCUCCCGCUUUCCGUCACCACGCCCCAUUCUCCCGCUUUCCAUCACCCCGCCCCAUUCUCCCGCUUUCCAUCACCCCGCCCCAUUCUCCCUCCUUCCAUCACCCUACCCCAUUCUCCCUCCUUCCAUCACCCCGCCCCAUUCUCCCGCCUUCCAUCACCCCGCCCCAUUCUCCCGCUUUCCAUCACCCCGCCCCAUUCUCCCGCUUUCCAUCACCCCGCCCCAUUCUCCCUCCUUCCAUCACCCCGCCCCAUUCUACCUCCUUCCAUCACCCCGCCCCAUUCUCCCUCCUUCCAUCACCCCGCCCCAUUCUCCCUCCUUCCAUCACCCCUCCCCAUUCUCCCGCCUUCCAUCACCCCGCCCCAUUCUCCCGCUUUCCAUCACCCCGCCCCAUUCUCUUGCUUUCCAUCACCCCUCCCCAUUCUCCCUCCUUCGAUCACCCCGCCCCAUUCUCCCGCCUUCCAUCACCCCGCCCCAUUCUCCCGCUUUCCAUCACCCCGCCCCAUUCUCCCUCCUUCCAUCACCCCGCCCCAUUCUCCCUCCUUCCAUCACCCCGCCCCAUUAUCCCGCUUUCCAUCACCCCGCCCCAUUCGCCCGCUUUCCAUCACCCCGCCCCAUUCUCCCUCCUUCCAUCACCCCGCCCCAUUCUCCCGCUUUCCAUCACCCCGCCCCAUUCUCCCGCUUUCCAUCACCCCGCCCCAUUCUCCCGCUUUCCAUCACCCCGCCCCAUUCUCCCGCUUUCCAUCACCCCGCCCCAUUCUCCCGCUUUCCAUCACCCCGCCCCAUUCUCCCGCUUUCCAUCACCCCGCCCCAUUCUCCCGCUUUCCGUCACCCCGCCCCAUUCUCCUGCUUUCCAUCACCACGCCCCAUUCUCCCGCUUUCCAUCACCCCGCCCCAUUCUCCCGCUUUCCAUCACCCCGCCCCAUUCUCCCUCCUCCAUCACCCCGCCCCAUUCUCCCGCCUUCCAUCACCCCGCCCCAUUCUCCCACUUUCCAUCACCCCGCCCCAUUCUCCCGCUUUCCAUCACCCCGCCCCAUUCUCCCUCCUUCCAUCACCCCGCCCCAUUGUCCCUCCUUCCAUCACCCCGCCCCAUUCUCCCUCCUUCCAUCAACCCGCCCCAUUCUCCCUCCUUCCAUCACCCCGCCCCAUUCUCCCGCCUUCCAUCACCCAGUCCCAUUUUCCCGCUUUCCAUCACCCCGCUUCAUUCUCCCGCUUUCCAUCACCCCGCCCCAUUCUCCCGCUUUCCAUCACCCCGCCCCAUUCUCCCGCUUUCCAUCACCCCGCCCCAUUCUCCCACUUUCCAUCAUCCCGCCCCAUUCUCCCGCUUUCCAUCACCCCGCCCCAUUCUCCCUCCUUCCAUCACCCCGCCCCAUUCGCCCGCUUUCCAUCACCCCGCCCCAUUCUCCCUCCUUCCAUCACCUCGCCCCAUUCUAACUCCUUCCAUCACCCCGCCCCAUUCUCCCUCCUUCCAUCACCCCUCCCCAUUCUCCCGCUUUCCAUCACCCCGCCCCAUUCUCCCGCUUUCCAUCACCCCGCCCCAUUCUCUCGCUUUCCAUCACCCCACCCCAUUCUCCCUCCUUCCAUCACCCCGCCCCAUUCUCCCGCCUUCCAUCACCCAGCCCCAUUUUCCCGCUUUCCAUCACCCCGCUUCAUUCUCCCGCUUUCCAUCACCCCGCCCCAUUCUCCCGCUUUCCAUCACCCCGCACCAUUCUCCCGCUUUCCAUCACCCCGCCCCAUUCUCCCGCUUUCCAUCACCCCGCCUUAUUCUCCCUCCUUCCAUCACCCCACCCCAUUCUCCCUCCUUCCAUCACUCCGCCCCAUUCUCCCGCUUUCCAUCACCCCGCCCCAUUCUCCCGCCUGCACAUGUGCGUAUCCUUCCGCAUUUUGA